AUGGAAAAGUUGGAGCGGACCACUGGCUAUGAAGUCAUCGAAGAACUGAAUUGUGAUCGUGAGAGCGCAACGUGUCCCCACCGAAUAUAUCCCGAACUCCGUUGGUUCGACUCACCAAUUCCAUUGUCCCACUUCACCCCGCCUUUCAUUCGACGUGUAGGCGGCUUUCCCGUCGAGCAUUUGUCGUCCGCGAUGCGUCUCUUCGCGCUUGCCUCUCUCCUGCUCCUGCUCGGAAGCCACAAUGAAGUGUUCGUGGCUGCCGACUCGGGACUAUAUCCGCCAGGUCUGCUUCCUCUAAUCAACAAAGCCAACGUCUUCCUGGCUACUGGGCAGUUCAACGAAGCCGCAAAGAUCUAUUCAGAAGCUAUAGAACAAUCACCUACCGACUAUCUUUUAUACUACAAGCGGGCGACAGCCUAUUUCUCCCUGCAACGAAACAGCGCAGCUCUAGAAGACUUCGAGAAGGUCCUGUCCCUCACUUCCAACACGUUCGACAAUGCCCACCUCAUGAAAGCCCGGAUCUACAUCCGAGAAGGGCAUUUUGCGCUGGCGAAGCCGGCUCUUGCGGCGUACAUCAAGGCGAAAGGGCGCGAUAAGGAUGCGCAGGAGCUCGAGGGCGAGCUCAAGGAGGGCGAGCGACUGAAGAACAAGGCAGAGAAGGAGCGUGGUGCGCAGCUAUGGAACGCAUGCGUGGAAAGCUCGAGCCAGGCCCUGCGGGUGUCCAGCCACUCGGUGGAGAUCAGGACGUGGCGCGCAGAGUGCGCGUUUGCGGCUGGCGACGUGGAGAGCGCUGUCGGAGAUCUAACUCGGUUGUCGCACCUGUUGCCACCGUCUACACAACUUCUCAUGCGCAUCUUCCGCCUCUCUUACUACCUCCUUUCGCCAUCCCCAGCUCCUCUCAACGCUCUCAAGCAAUGUCUGCACUACGACCCCGACUCGAAACUCUGCCUGUCCCAAAGAAGAUUGCUCAAGGCCUUCGACAAGUCGUUUAAGCAGCUAGAGGAGCUCUUGGCCCAAGAGGAUUGGAAGGGUGUUGUGAAAUUGCUCACUGGGCCAGGAAAGAACGCCGACCUCUGGAAGCGGUGGGAGCAGGCCCUCAUCGACAACGUCGGCAAUGAGAAGGACAUCCUGCCUCUUGUGCCUCCAUCCCUCCUCGAAGCAACGAUCCCUCAUCCAUCAGCUACUGCUUCCCGCAAGGGCAAGCAACCACAAAUCCACCUUCCACUGGCAACCAAGGUCUCUCCGCAGCGACAAACACUCGUCCGGGCACUCUGCAAGUCAUACACGCAACUCGCGGACAUCACCAAGUCGUCGGCAGAGUACAAGAAGCAGAUGGAGAGAUGGUGCGACGAACUGCUUACACUCGAUGGCUGCAGCGAGGACGUCGACGGCCUCGUUGGCCGGGGUGAAUCUCUGCUCGCUAAGGAGGAGUUCGAGGAUGCCGUGAGAGUUUUGGAGAAAGCAUUCGAGGCGAGCGGGCGGUCAGAUAGAAAUAUCCACCAACGCCUCGGACGUGCUCAGAAACUACUGAAACAAAGCAAGCAGAAGGAUUAUUACAAAAUCGUUGGAGUUUCUCGCGACGCCGACGACAGGACGAUCAAGAAAGCCUAUCGUAAAGCAGCCAAGUCGGCUCAUCCAGACAAAGGAGGCUCAGAAGCCAAGAUGGCCGCUUUGAACGAGGCGUACGAGGUCCUCUCCAACCCGGAGCUCCGUCAGCGGUUCGACAACGGCGAGGACCCCAACGACCCAAUGACGCAGCAAGGCGGACACCCAUUCGCCCACGGACAACACCCUUUCGCGCAGUUCUUCCAGCAGUCGGGCGGAUUCUCGGGUGGGGGGUUCCCGGGAGGCGGACAGGGUGGGUUCCAAUUCCACUUCAACCAUGGACAUUAG